AUGCCUCAGAAUGAGUACAUGGACCGGUGGCGCAAGCUCCACGGUAGAAGACUCGAUCAUGAGGAGAGAACUCGCAAGAAGGCAGCACGAGAGGGCCACAAAGCAUCCGAGGAUGCUCAGAAAUUGACUGGAUUGAGAGCCAAGCUAUACCAGAAGAAGAGACACCAUGAGAAGAUCCAGAUGAAGAAGCAAAUCAAGGCGCACGAAGAGCGAAACGUCAAGUCUUCUGCACCAAACGAGCCAAGCAGCACGCCACUUCCUCAGUACCUCCUCGACCGUUCGAAUCCCACUUCUGCGAAGGCGUUAUCGAGCGCUAUCAAGAACAAGCGAUCAGAGAAGGCGGCACGUUUCAGUGUGCCUUUACCUAAAGUCAAGGGAAUUUCAGAGCAGGAGAUGUUCAAGGUCGUAAAGACCGGAAAGAAGACCGCAAAGAAGGGAUGGAAGAGAAUGAUCACCAAGCCUACUUUCGUCGGACCUGACUUCACAAGACGUCCCGUCAAGUACGAGCGAUUCAUCAGGCCCAUGGGUCUACGUUAUAAGAAGUGCAAUGUGACACAUCCAGAAUUGGGCGUCACUGUCCAAUUGCCUAUCAUCUCUGUCAAGAAGAACCCGCAAAACCCAAUGUAUACUCAACUCGGUGUCUUGACCAAGGGAACGAUCAUCGAAGUCAACGUCAGCGAGUUGGGUAUGGUAACAGCUGGAGGAAAGGUGGUUUGGGGUAAAUGGGCACAAAUCACAAACAAUUGCGAGAACGAUGGAUGCGUCAAUGCUGUCCUCCUUGUCUGA